UAACAGUCGUCACAGACAGAGUGCGCUUCCAUUUAUUUUGUGACGACGUGCCUCUCUAAACACCAGCUCUUCUCGUUCUGUCCGUAAAAGACAAAGAAACAUGUCCGACGAAGGAAAACUUUUCGUCGGUGGCCUGAGCUUCGACACAACAGAAGAAUCUCUGGCUGAAGCUUUCGCUAAGUAUGGAAACAUAGCAAAAGUUGAUGUCAUCAGGGACAAAGAAACGGGAAGAUCUCGUGGAUUCGGCUUCGUAAAGUACGAUAAUGCCGAGGAUGCGAAGGAUGCAUUGGAUGGCAUGAACGGGAAGUCAGUUGACGGCAGAACAAUUCGUGUGGACGAGGCAGGCAAGGGUGGUGGUCGUUCUGGAGGCGGAGGUGGUGGAUUCAGAGGGUCCAGAGGAGGCGGUGGUGGAUAUGGCGGUGGAGGUGGAUAUGGAGGGGGGAGAGGAAGAGGUGGGCGAGUUUACUCGCGAGGUGGUGGAGGAUAUGGUGGUGGUGACAGGGGAUAUGGUGAGAGGAGCUAUGGCGGUGGUGGUGGAGACCGGAGCUAUGGCGGUGGUGGCGGAGACCGGAGCUAUGGAAGUGGUGGUGGUGGUGGAUACAGGAGUGGCGGUGGCGGAGGAUACUCUUCCGGUGGCGGAGGAUACAGGGACAAUAGGGGCCAGGGAGGCUACGGGGAUCGCUCUGGGGGAUCCUACAGAGACAGCUACGACAGUUAUGCUGCUCACGAGUAAAAAUCUGCCCCCCGAUUCAAGAUCAUCCCUUGGCUGGCUGUAUUUAAAAAGAUGCGCUCCUCUCAAGAAAUUUGUCCACGUGUUGACCUGAUGAUUUUUUGUAGUCCUAUUCUGUGUUUAAGUAGCUCGAGCGUCUUUAAAUUUAGCCAUUGGGUUUCGGCCAUUCAUUUACAAACCAUGUUUAAUAGAAGUUCCAGUUGGAGAUGUUCUCUAAAGGAUGCAUCUCUAUUUGCUCUUAUGGCAUUUCAAUUGAUAAAGCAUAAUGUCUGACUUGUUGGUGCUGCAAAUUUAGUGAACUCAAAUAUUGCUUCACAUGGCUGUUUGUGAAUAACAGCCUCAGUUACUUUCUACGCCCUGUUCCUAGCCAGCACUGUCUGACAUCACCAUUUGAAUCCUAAAUAUUAAUAUUGGGGAUAUCAAUGGGGCUUGUUAACUUCCUGUUUUUGUUUUAAACGACAAUGUCCGACCUACCUCCUGCCAAGUUUUAAAACAGUUAAAAAAAAUAUUCCACUUAGAUGCUUUUGAAAACUGGCCGGGAAGUGCUUUUUGGAUUUUAUGAAUGCAUUCCUUGUGUUGCUAGGCAGCAAUGCCUUCACCCAUACCAUUGAGGUUCUUGAUAUAGCCGACGGUCCUGUGUUAAGUUUCCAAAAAGAGUGAAUUCCUUUUAAGGCUGGUGACACUGCACGCCUGAAGUGGCCGGCUGUUCAUGAAGUUGCAAAUUGCAGUGGGCUACAGUCUGCCCACGGUGUUUUGCUCUGCUCAGAAGCCUGCAUUUUAAAUGUGCUUGUUAUAAUGGACUUAACUUAAAGAGAACAACAAAAAACAAUUCAUACUGUUACUACUCUUCCCCAAUAUUCCACCUGGGAACGAUUUUGUACUUUCUGUUCUUUGUAUCAUCAACAUUGAAGAUAAUUUUUUUUGUCAAUUUUGGCUUCAUGGAGCCCAUUAAAACGAUUUGUUGAAAAUA